AGAGAAAGCGAAAGUGAAACAGACAUACAUGUCAUAAAGCGACAUGGGGCCCGUCUCAGUGCUGUAUCGAUGUGUGGUGGGUAAUAUAACCUCGUUAUACAACAACAACAGAGAGUAUGCUGUGUUAAUGUGGUGUUGCCGCAUUCCUGGUAUCAUGUGUUACUGUAUGAGAAGACUUUGUAGUUUAAUGGUCAACGCAUGGCGAACGACACGCUGGGGAUAUAAUCUCGAAAGGCCGGAAGAUUGUGAAACAGACACCAAAGCAGACCCCAAAGUCCAUGUUCAAGUGAGUAGAUCCCCCAAAGUUGGGGCGGAGUUCCGCGGUGAAAGUCCAUCGAAGAGGGCAGCUUACGACUACCAGGCUGCUCCCCAGGAGCUGCCCGAAAACAAGCGGCAGAAGUUUCACAAAACCGACCGGGAGUCUGAAGAAGUUGCUGGGGAGUUAACCGAAGAUGACGAGGAUUCUGAGGAAGAUGGUGAGGGGUUUCGGGUUGAUACCUCAGAUGAGUUUUACUGUGACUAUGACUCCACUUGGGAAACAUAUUCCCGGAAAAGGAGAUCCAGGGGCACCAGGCGACCUGCGCACCGGAAUAGCAAGUUCAGCAGGUUUGAAAAUGCCGCAAAAGACAUGCAGAACUACAGGCAUGACUACCCUUCCCUGAGCAAGUCACGCUGGAAUGAGUCACACUCAGAUGAGCACCCUAAUCUGAUGUUUUACCUCGGAAAGAGGCGCUGUGUACCUGACGAUGCUCUCAUAAUGGAUUUCCACAAUAAUUGGCAUGGAGAUUAUAAUAGACUGGAGCAUGGACACUCCUACAUUCAAUGGUUGUUCCCACUGCAGGAACCGGGGAUGAACUAUCAGGCCAGAACACUGACUAAAGAAGAAAUAUGGAAAUUUCUUAACAGCAAAAUCGCAUUGGCAUAUCUGUUGGAGUCCUAUAAGCUCAUGUUGGACUUCUAUGGUAUCGAGUUGUUUAAUGAGCAAACUGGAGAAGUGAGGAGAAGGAUGAACUGGAAAGACAGAUUCGACAACCUUAACAGACACACUCACAACAACCUGCGCAUCACCCGCAUCCUGAAGUGCCUUGGAACCCUGGGGUACGCUCACUACCAAGCCCCCCUGGUCCGCUUCUUCCUGAAGGAGACCAUCGUCCACAGAGAGCUGCCAAGCAUCAAGGAGAGUGUUCUCAGCUACUUUGUGUUCACGGUCCUCGAUAAGAAAGAACGCAGGCUUCUGAUCAAGUAUGCGUAUUCGAACUAUGAUCGUAGAGAUGAGUUUGUGUGGUGCCCAAAGAAAAUUCAAAUGAAGUGGUCCCGGGAGUCAGCGCCUGUUCAAAAAACAUACUUAUGAUCUUCCCAUGAACCCUUGAGUAUGGUAAAUGAAGGGGAAACCAAAGAAAAUUAAGCUCCUAAAUUGUUUUCUGUUAAUGUUCACCUAAUUCAAUCCAUAUACUUAUGUUUACAAUACUGUAUAGCAUGCAACUACAUAUUAAUGCAGACAGCUGAAUGUAAUAAACACAUCACACAUUUAGGAAUGUACCUCACGAAAUAUUAACAAUGAUUCGUAAGCCUAUGCAGUCCGUUCAAGUAUUUUGUGAACAUGACCUACUUAAAACAUGCUUACGAUCAGAAUGUAACAUUUCCAGCCAGGAUACUAUUCCUACUAUGCUUGUUUCAUUAAAUGUUUUUCUCUUAAGUUUUAUAGACAAAGACGUUCUGAACUGGGUGUUAAAAUCAGCAAGUGCAAUUGUAUUCAAAGUGCCUAUAAACCUGAAAUGUUUGUCCAACUUAUAACCUGAACUCUUUGUAACUUCUAAUAAAUUCAAUGCAGUUAUUGA